GGGUGUGGGUGGGAGGAGCGGUAGGGUUGGGAGGAACCGAACCAGAGGUCGUGGGAGUCACGAGGGGUGAUGAGUGGGAGGGAGAGCAUUGUUGGAGGUUGAUUUGUGGAGGGUAUUUUUCAUGGGCGGAUGUGUAUCCGGUUCCCUUUCUCAGUUUGGCUGAUAAAGCCCAAGAUUGGUAUUAUUUUUUCUUUCUUGUUUCUUCUUUGGGCCCUUUUUUUUCUUGUAUCCGUUAGCGGGCAGGUGAAGUUGUCGCAGACCCAACGACCUACUACCUUAGCUUGGCGGAUACAAACAAAGCGCGAAAACCACCAAUACAAUAAUUGACAGCAAUCAAUCUUGCUGUAUGAGUUAACAAACACAGAAAUUGCAAAGAAAGCACAAAAGCAAGAAAGACCGUUGACACGAAGGCACAACAAGCAAUCGCAUCACCAAGCGGCCGCAAGAACUGGAGCGGAG